GAAGUUGAGUUUCGUGAUCCUCAACUUGAAACUUCCUCAUCUCGUUCAUCUUGCAACAUCAACAGCAGUCAGGCUUUCUGGAUGCGUAGCAGCUACGCUGAUGGUAUAUACAUGAAUCCCGACUCUUGGAUACGUCGAGAUGAACGCCGUAGCCUUGCUCUUGCCAGGGCUCCUUUCGGUUAUUACAGCCGUUUAAACCCUGAUCGGGAGACGGAUCAAAAUCCAACUAACUCAUUGUCUAAUUGGGAGGUCCGCCAGAUGACUGUGCUGCUGGAGAUGCCUUUUGUGAUAACUUUCGAGCGCCGAGUUAAACUCUUCCAGUCUUUCAUGGGCUCAGAAAGAAUAGGAUCCCGUGGCCCAAUAAAUCAUAUUACUGCAUUCCCAUCCGAUUUGGAUCACGAAGUGGCUAUUGCGAUCCGUGUUCGGCGAACUCAUAUAUACGAAGAUUCCUUUGAGAAACUAUCGAAGGAAAAUGGUAUGCUUCUUGAACACAUUUUGUUUGUGUUACUUUUUAUUUGUUCAGAGCCAAACUUGCGAAUUCGUCUCAAUGUCACAUUCCUCAAUCCCCUUGGAAUUGAUGAAUUGGGAGUCGACGGAGGCGGCUUAUCUCGAGAGUUUCUCAAUGAGCUACUUCGGAGUAGUUUCAAUCCGCAACGUGGAUUCUUUAUUUACACCGCAGAUAAAGCCUUGUAUCCUAAUCCUCAUUCAAAAGCUGUAACUCCUGACUAUCUAAAUCACUAUUAUUUUAUAGGACGUAUCUUGGCAAAAGCCAUUUCCGAGAGUAUGCUCGUCGAACUUCAUUUUGCACAUUUUUUCUUGGCCAAAAUGGUCAGCCGAACCGGAGGUUAUGUUGGUUUUGAUUACCUUCAAUCUCUAGAUCCAGAGUUAUACUGGCAGUUACAUUCCUUGAAGACAUAUCAAGGAGACGUUCGUGAGCUCGAUCUGGACUUCUCCAUUGUAGAGACAACUUUUGGCGAAACUCAGAUCGUUGACUUGAAGCCUAACGGCCACAGUAUUCCAGUAACUGAGGAGAAUCGGGUCGAAUAUGUUCACUUAAUGGCUAAUUAUAAGCUAAAUAAACAGGUAGUUAAUUGA